AACGCCAUAAUGGAGGCUGUUGUCUGAUGUGGGAAUGCUGUGCCGGUGAGAGAACAUUCCGUGGUUGCUUCGUAUCGGAUGCAAUGACUCAUCGCCUUAAGAUCGUACCUAGUCAACGAAAGUCUACAUAACAGAAGCAUGUCGGACAAACUGAAAUCCGCGUUGCAAGAGGAGUAUCCGCUCCACUGGCUGGCUUGGCAUAACGACUAUGAGGCUCUGAAAACACUCCUCGAAAAGAGUGCAGAGAACAUCGAACGGCGAGACUGCCGAGGGAGGACAGCCCUCAUGUUGGCUGUCACCUUGGGCCACCUCGAAGCAUCAAAGAUUCUUCUCAACCAUGGGGCCAAUGUCAACGUGGAGAACAACGAUGGCUAUACAGUGGUUCACGAAGCAGUGAGCACAGGUGACCCUGAGCUUCUGGCAGAAGUGUUGACUCGGCGAGACCUCCAACGCUACAGCACAUCUGUCGGGGGUAUCCCUGAUCUCUUGAAGCGGAUUCGGGACACCCCGGACUUCUAUGUUGAGAUGAAAUGGGAGUUUACAAGCUGGGUACCACUUCUAUCCAGGAUGUGUCCAAGCGACACCUACAAGGUCUACAAGAGUGGAGCUAACGUACGGAUAGACACUACUCUGCUUGGAUUUGACCAGUCCAGCUGGCAGCGUGGGCGCAGGAGCUACAUAUUCAAGGGACAAGAGGAUCUUGCCCUGAUGAUGGAAGUGGACCACGAUGGCUGCCAGGUGCACGUAGACCAGAUGCAGGUGUUGCCACCCGAAUAUGUGGACCUGUCGGGGAGCUUGCGGCCCUCACAGGAGGCCAUCUCUGCACGCCUCACCUCUCCUGUGGUGGCCACGUACAUAGACACUGACAAGAUCAGCUUUGAAAGAAACAAGUCUGGAAUCCUUGGCUGGAAGAGUGACAAAAGUGAAACAGUCAAUGGCCAUAACUGCAAAGUGUUCAGUGCAACAAAUGUGGAACUCGUGACCAAGACCAGGGUGGAGCACCUUUCAGAAGCAGACAAGGCUCGUCACAAGGCUGCACGAUCGCCGUUGCAGUCUUUCUUGGGCACAGUCGAGGUUGAAGAGGGUGCCGGUCUGGAAACGCCAAAUGGGGAUUUGACAGAGUGGCGAAGCAACCCAUGCCACAUUCGUCCAGAAGAAUAUUUCAAUGCCAAAGUGGAUCUGGGAGGCCGAGAUAUUGGGCGACCCCGAGAGGCAACUGUACGCACCCAGAAGUUCCGUGCCAAUCUCUGGCUCUGUGAGGACUAUCCGCUGUCUUUACCCCAGCAGAUUCUUCCAAUUGUAGAUCUCAUGUCGAUCAACAGCACGCACUUCGCCAGGCUACGGGACUUCAUCACCCUCCAACUCCCUGCGGGCUUCCCGGUCAAAAUUGAAAUUCCCCUGUUUCACGUGCUCAACGCCCGAAUCACCUUCGGCAACAUAAACGCCUUCGACGAGCCGGUCCCAGGGGUGACCACUAUGCGGGAGCAGGGGACAGUGAAGUGCAAGAUCGACGAGAGCUGCUUCGAGGCCCCCAGCAGCUAUGCACGGCUUGGGGGAAAUAAAAUGCGACAAUUCAACGUCAACGACGAGGACGAUGAACUCCUCCAGUACGCCAUCGAGCAGUCGUUCGUGGAGGCUGGCGGAGAAGAGAAUCAGGUCACUGUUUGGGAGGCCCUGACAACUGACCAAACCGGAGUUGCACCUGAGCUGGAAGAGGAUCAUGCUUUGCAGAGGGCCAUCCAGGAGAGCCUAGCCAGCUACCUGAAGUCGAUGGGUGUUGCAGAUGGAGAGCUCCCAGCAGGUGGUGGGGUGCAGCAGCAGGUGCAGCCACAGGUGCAGCCACAGCUGCAGCUGCAGCCACAGGAGCAGCAGCAAAACAACAGCGAGUGGGCCCUGGGUGCCAGUGGUGGUGCCGACUUGGCCAUGGCACUGCGCCUCUCACAGCAGGCCAAGGAGGAGGAGGACCAGCGCCGACGAGAAGAAGACGAGAUGCUGGAACGCAUCUUGCAGCUUUCCAUGACAGAGAAGUAGGGACAUGCUAUUUGUCACCCAUCGUCCAUGCAAGAAGCUGAGUUGUGCUGGGACUUUGGCCUGCUUUGUUGGCGGCACAUUCUUCCUAGGCCCCACUCCCUGCUGGCCCUUCCCUUUCUAUUAUAUUUUUCUCUGCUUUUAUUCCUUCCUUCUUCGUGUGUGUGUGUUCUGGAAUGUGUGUUGAGAUAAAUUAAGAAAAACCUCAUUUUGUUUGUUCUGUAAAAGCCCAAAGGUGUUCGAGUACAAGCGGAUCAGUUAAGUCUAGGGCAGUGCCUUGGAUGCUCGUCCACUUGCUUCUGGUGUUGAAGGAAGUGCUAAUAUUAUUACCAAAGUGUUGUUAAAUGCACAGAACUGGAACGCGCACAAAGCUCGCAGAACAAAAGUGAAAAGUAGCUUCAAAGUCGACAACAGUGCCCAUUGCAACUGAACCAACUUACUCUGGGAAUCUUCUUGCAAAUUGUAACAUAUUUACGGUUCACAUAAUGUACAGCACUGAGCACAAGCCAUACUUAUGCGUUGCAUGGAACUAUUGUACAAAAGCAUUGUGGCUCGAAACUUGCUCAUCAAGGCAAGAAAGGAACAGUGCCAACCAAAAGAAGUUGGCACCAGAGAACAUCUUUCAACCAUCCCUGACAGACAAGUAGAAACUAGUUCGCUUUUUUCCAGUGGCUCCCACUACCUUGUACAUUGGCAGGGUUGUGCUGUGUAUAUUGUUUGCAGCCAGAAACAAGGAAAUAUCAGCAGCACAGAAGUCAAAUCUAUGAACAGUGACAGUGUCUAUGAACAGUGUCUAUGGAAAUCUAUGAACAGUGUCUUUAGGAGGAAGACCAAGGGCCGUUGCUUUGUGAUUGCGGAACAAGUAAGUUUGUGAGCAUGAAUUGGCCUUGCUGUGACAGUAAGAUAAAGAAUGAGCAGCUUUGCUAAAGCUUCCUAAGCACAGAGGCAGCAGGGAAGAACUUGAAACACUGCUAUUUCUAAUCAUGAGUGUGGACUGGUAGUGUUCUUUUUCCCCUCGUUCGUGUUCGCCUGUAAAAUGAAAAGCAAAGCAUCUUCCUGUUAUCAUAUUUGCUUAUUGCUUGCACAGCAAAGGUAUAGCAGUCGCUUGAUUUAAAUCAUAGUGCAACAUUUUUGAAUUGCUGUAGUUAUUCCAAGGAGCUGGCCUGUGAGCGUGCUGGGAUGAAUGGUCAAAUUUUCUUACUAUUGUGCAGCUUCUCUUUUUUUUGGUGUAAUGCUUAUUGCCCUCACAACCGAUUUGCUCAUUUUGCAAAAGAGCUGCUGCAUUUUUUACUAGGUGUCUUUCCAAGCUUGUAGCACUGGCUUUGUGCAAGGAUGCUGUGUUGGCAAUGCAACUUUCAGUCUUUGUAGACCAGCAAGAAUGUGCUUGCUAAGACAGCAAAGCAGUACAAAGUAGACCAUUUUCCCAGUGAUAUUGGAAACUUCCACGCCUGUGCCACAUCAUCAGAGGCAAUACAAUGUGGGCAUGAUGUGUCUUUGUUGCUGUUUAAGGCAGGGGUCUGAGACAGGCAAUCCGUGGGCCAAACCCUUGUGACCCUUCAAUGUUGGGUCCCCUUCCACCAACUUGUGUAAGCCCUGCACAAACUCUCUCACCUGAACAUGUCGCUGCAUGGCCCACAUGUAGCUGCAUGUAACUUGUGCUGACUGAUGCCUAGUGCAAGUUUGAGACCCCUGUUUUUAGGGUGAAGGUUAGCAAGCUACUACCGUGAAACAUCGGAGCUUGUCGUGAGAGCUGGUUGGUUGUCUUUGUUGCUACAACCUCCUUUGGAAGGAGGCUUUAGUAGCAAACUCGUGUAGCACCACCAACUGACAGCGAUUCUGUGCCUGUUUAAAAUGUUGGAUAUGCUUGCAUUUUGAAAUGCAAGAGAAAGCGCCAGAUGAAGCAGCGCAAGUUAUUUGUACGCUUGUUGUGGUGUGCAGUUAUCGUGCAACGUUUAGAGACUACUGUUUCACUACCAUGUAAUGCACAAAGAUUGCAAGUGCUUAAAGCUGUAGCGCUGCCAUGCAGAGGAACCGCGUUUAGGAGCUACGAUGACGGCACAGCAGCUACACCACUUUCCCUCACACGAUUUGCUUUUCUUCCUUUGCUGUUAUGUAUUUCAUGCGAUUAAAUAACUUGUGCUUUCAGAAUAUCCAGAGCUGAUAAAUGCUUUGCACUUGAAGGCUGCUGUGAAUUGUGGCUUCAACUUGUGGUUUCUGUGGCUGCUGACGUGACAGUGCACAGGCUAUUUGUGAGAUUUUUCUCUAUGCUGCAAAGCAUGCUCAGGCUGUUAUAUGUUUUUAAGUAUUAGCCAGUGAGCGAUGGAAAAUGCAUAACCUCCUCUCUGUACCCCCUUUUGAAUGAGUUGCUGGUGUCAACACUGGUGAUGAUGAAAAGAAAAUUUCCUGUUGCAGCUCCUGUCCGAAGUGUCAACAUUGUGGUAGCACAGUUUAUGCAGCACCAUGCUGCGGGUAUGUGCAAUUUGCCGACGAGAAGAUCACAAGCAAAGUUUCGAUCAGAAUUUGUCCCAUCAAUAGAUGGCAGUGAUGCACAGUACUGUCGCAAACAGAAAUUCUCGGGACAUGAUCAGUGACAGAGGCGCAGUGCUUUACUGGUUACCAGCAGUCCACCACAUCUUGUCGCUGUGGAAAACAUCGCGCAUGCUCCAAUGAGUUUGUAGGCAUGUCUCUACUCUUGCUUUCUUGUGAUGUGAUGGCUGGCUAGGGCAGCAGCUGCAUGUAAUGUACUUCCGACACAUUUUUCGUGUGACAUCACCUGGUGCCAGUGGGUCCAUUUCGCACUGUGUGGUUAUUUCACAGUUAUUAUGGCUGCUUCAAUGUGGUCCACUUGGUUGCUAGUUGCAAGUGGAUAGAUACCUUGUGGCAUGCGUUUCAGUUGGUGUAACAAUAUGGUUAUCACACUGUGUAAAACAGACAUGCCUGCGCCAGGUGACAUCAUGUUGAUAAUACAUGAGAACGAACUACGUUACAUGUUAUUGCUUCUUUAAAAUGACUAGAAUGAUAGUGCCUUUGUACCACUUAAGGUAGUCGUUAUGAUGGCCACCAAGGCAGUAGGUUGCUUUACAUUUCUGAUGCAUGUGUCACAUUGGGGAAGAGCAAGAAAACAGACGUGUCCUUUCCACAUAACAGAGGAGUGCGUGCGCUGUUUUUCGAUUGUCAAACAGCACAAGCCUGCAUCAAUGCUAUGCGAGUUUCUUUCGUCUAAUUACUAUCUUGAGAAGGCACCUGGUGUGAUUUUCGGAACUGCGUCUUCCCAAAUUCAUGCUUUAUAUUGCUGCAAGCUUAAUGGCCAGGUGACUGAGCAGUACUGGAAAGCCUAGCUGUUAACGUCCUAGGGAGAAUGCACAUGUUUUGGAGGGAGGAGGCACAGGUCUGUGAUGGAAAGGAGAGUGCAUUUGGUGAGCAAGGAAGCAAAAGUGCAAGCAGUCCAAUGGCCUAGCCGUGCAGCCUGGUUUUGCAGUGCACCUCUGUGCCACACGGAUCACCUGUCCCGAAUUAUCUGCCCUGCACAUGUCCAUCUGCCACAUUGAUGCGGCACAUCUUGCUGUGGUUUGAUUACUUCAGCAGAGCACAAUGCAUAAGUUGUUACCAUACUGCAUACCUUCACGGGCUCAAACCUGCGUGGAGGUGAUCCUGCACUGCUGCACAUAUUGUUACUGUAGCAAAUUGCGCAUCAUUCUGUGCCGAAAUGUUCUAUUACAGCCCGCGACUUUAGUUGUAUUAUGCGUUGCGAGUUUGCAUUCUAAGUGCAAUAUUCUUUUGUUUGUUUGAUUGGUUAUUGUUGUAUUUUUAAUUUUCCGGGUCAUUGAAAGUUACUUCCUGCUUCUGCAAGGUUGACAUUUGGGCUAGUUAAUAAAUAUCCAUUGUGCAUUAAGGUAGUAGGACAAAUUAUACUUAAGGGCGCAGAUAGUUUGGCUAGAUGAUUGAAAUGCAUACUGAAAAAUGUUUGCGCGGAGACACGAGGACAAGCCAAUAAAAGACAAGAACGAGCGCUUGUCCUUGUCUUUUCUCGGCUUGUCCUUGUGUCUCCGCGCAAAUUUUUUCAUUAGUAGGACAAACAAGGACGAAAGUACCUAGGUACACCACCAGUCGUGAGUAAGCACUUGUGGUGUGGUUACCUUCCUUAGUACUUGCUUGUCACGCAAGAGUAAUAUUCACACCUUGCAUUACAUUCGUAGUCACUUUGCAUUUGUGCAUUUAUGGUAACACAGUGAUGUGUCUCAGUCACUGUUAAAGUGUACUGGGCAGUUUUGUGCAGUUUUGUAAGCACUGUUGCGUGGUAGCACGACAGUGCUUACACCACAGGUCUUUGUUUCAGUAGAGGGCACAAACGGCAGUUUCUUCAAGAUACAUAGAAUUGUUCCUUCCUUUAUAUGGCAGCUUAUGCUAUUGCAUUUUUGUUGUGUACCGUAGUUUAUAUAUAUUCAGUAUUGUGCACCUUGUCUUGGUUAUCAUAAAAUAUAGAUGCUUUGCAAAAAAAGGAAUAAUAAUAAUAAUUAAGUGUCAAAAUGUACCUAUGGCAGGCCUUUUCUAGUUUCAUAUUGGGAAUGCAAUGUGAAAUAGACAUUGCUCUGUGAUACCACUUUCCCAAAGGGCACAGUAUUAGUAAGGCAUAAUGCGAUAAAUUAGUACAGUUUUUAUAUUGCACUUUUCCAAGUGUUUCACAGAUCAAAAUAGGUUGUUUUAAAAACUUGAACUAAAUCUUUCAGAGUAGUGGUUCUUAGAGCUUGGUUCUUGUGUGUUAGAUUAUGUUUAAUUCUGCUGCCUGUUUCAUGCAUGCAGUCUGGUAUUGCAACCACUUUUUUUUCUUAUAGUGUAUAAAACCACCUUAUUUUCCUGCUUAUGUAGACACGUUUCCAUCUUGCGAUGCGAUCGCUAAUAGCACUUGUGAGCACUUAUCCAAAGUUUUUUUGCGUGCAUAUUUCUGUCACUCCUGAAAGAGUGACUGAGUUGUCCUCGAAGGAGUGAUACAAAGGAACUUGUGGCUGUAAAUUCUUGCAGUCAGGAUCUGAGGUGUUAGGUGUCACCAUAAUUUUCUUCAUAACUGCUGGACACCACUGGCUGAGCUAGCACAGACAUCUGGGAAACGCACGACUCUUAGCGACUGCAGAUUUUGUCAUAAGAGAAGUGCCACACUGCCGCAUAACAUGCUGCAUUAUCAUGAGAGUAAUGGCUUUUGUGGAGCAGUGUACAGUGAAGUGGCAUCUAUUCUCGGAAGUUGGAACUCCUAUGGAGUUGUGCAAGAUUUACAGUGAGAGAGCUCUCUUUUUUCAAAGAAGGAUUGAGGUGGUCAAGCACUUUACGACUCUUGUUAGUUUUCAGAGAUCUCUUUCAUAUUAUAAGAAAAUUAUAUAAUCUGAAAGCCAUCCAUCUGUGAAAUAGACUGGCCAGAUCAAAGUGACAUCACUUGCACAACCAUGGUUUUGAUUGGCAGAGCACAGCUGUGUGCAGCUGUGUACAGCUGUGUAUAUUACAUGCAAUUGAAAGGUUAGGCAGCAAGAAUGGGUGAGAUAUUCGAUUUUUCUUGAAGAAAAAAUGACCCUAUUGCGUUGUAAGAUAAAAAUGUCUAGUCUGCCUAUUAUUACCGGCACUUUCAGGAACUGAAGCAUACCAUCUGUCAGUAUUGUGUGAGAAGAAAACAUGUGGCUAAGGACACUUAUGUAAUAUUGGCUGCACCAAGAUGCGGAACAGUGGCCACUUAGUUUAUUAUAGGUAAGCUUCACCAUGUAUCAACACUUACUUGUAAACUUUGUUUACCUUUGUUGCUAUUACAUAGUACUGCUGAUUUACCAUGACUUGGUCCUUUUUUCCUGUUCGACUUUUCAUUUGCUUUAAAUAAGCUAUCACUAAAUAUACUGCUGCAGGAAAACCUAUUGGCAGAGAUAGUAGCAUAGCAAAUUGAGUUGGAUGAGAAUUUUAUCCUCCCUUGUGAGCAUCUUCAAAUGCCUUUGCAUGGAUACUUGUAGAAGCUUUCUUUGUGCUUUAUCAUCACUGUUCUUUAUUUAUUUCUUUUUUUUUCGCUAGCUUUGUUACUCUUUGGGACUUACAGGAUAUAAACCUGCUGCUGAGAGCAUCAAGCUUCCAUAAAAAUUGAGCGGAUUGAAUUUAGUGUUGAGCAAGAUCUGGCUUCCCUCAUGUGAAGUUUCACAUUAAAGGGAGACUAAGUAAAAAUAUUAACUUAAAGCUAGAUAUGUAAAUUGCGCAUAUAGGAUAACAGACAUGCAUACUCAUUCACUGAAGAGGGGCAUUGCCCCCAUUCCCCUUUCUGGGUGGUGUUGCCCAGUAGGUGUUGCCUACGCAGACAUAUAAGUCCAUUUUAGGCAGAGGAUUAACCUCUUCUAGCCUGUUGUCACGAUUUCGCAGCAUGCCGAAUCUGUGCUCGUAAGUCAAAAUUGGAUGCUCAAAGGGACACUAAAGAGAAAAAUUAUGAAGAUUUUAUUUUAACAGUGAAUCAUCUGUGCAGCCAUAUCCACGUCUUGGGUGAAGCCUCACUCAACAUCAGCCAACACAAGCUCCGUACACCCAUAUACUGUCAUUCCCAUGAAGGCACAAUGCCCAUUAGGAAACUCCCAUAGAAAGUGGCAUGGUAUUUUCCUCUAGCUAAUAUUGUGAGAAACUGUGGUGCUUCCAACGAGCAUGAGCACCAAGAAACUCUUGUGGCUGCAUCCAUUCAGGUGCAUAAAUCCAUGCCGCCUUCUCUGCAAUACCAUCUGCUUUACAGACUGCCACAAGAUGCGAGACUGUUCACCUGCCUCAGUUUGUUCAGUGUGGAAACUUGUGAAUAUAAAGGCAUUGUUUUGUGCUAGAUACCGAUUUCAGUUUUCUUUAACCCCUUAAGUGUUUUGGACGAGCUGAGCUCGUCAACACAAUCCUGGUCAAUCUUGCUUUAGUUGAGCUCAGUUCGUCAGCGGCAACAAUCUCGUUUUCAAAUCAAUUUGGACGAACUCAGCAUGUCCACUUUGUUUUUCUUCUACUAAUAGACGGCUGCAGUGGUUUGAGAUCUGAAGUUAUUUCGUGCCCUUUUUUUUUUUUACUACAUAGAUGGCAAAAAUUUUACAGCUGCAUUCAUUCAGUCUUCAUGUCCUACUACAUAGAUGGCAGCCAUUUCGUCAGUGCUGGAGGGGCGCUGUUACUGUGGUCUUUGCUUUGGCCUACAUAGAUGGCAGCACUUUGUUAGCACUGAAACACCGCGUUAUUGGAAUCGCACGCUUACUGCUUCUUUUUCCUUGUUUCUAAGUAUAUCUUUUGUGGCAAUGACAAAUACAUAUAUAUUGCGUAAGGAACAGGUAAAAUAAGGUUUUCACACUUAGAAGAUGAAACGAAUUGGUUAAAAAAGCCUUGGGAGGGCUUUCAAUAAAGUGAAAUUUGAAAAUAAGCCACAAAAAAAAAAAACAUGAGGUCAUCUUUGGUCAAAAUAGAACACUUAAGGGGUUAAGCGAGUCUACAAAUCUCGACCAUGUAGCAAAUGGUGUGAAAAUAAUUCUGAAUGUUCUUACCUCACAUACAAGUCUUUUUAACUGUAACUCAAACGUUUUUCUUCUGGCAAAAGAAUAUUCAGGCUAUAAGAGGUCAACCAGCCAGAAAUGCAAAAGACUAAAGGCAGGUGGCAAUGUCUUCUCGAAAUGUCUGCAGUAUCCCGAGCAAUGUCAGGGAAUUUCAAUGACAUCUGCUUUAGGGCAGGUAAUUUUUUUUAAACAGUGAUUGCAUCACAUCCAAAAAUAAGCAAUGGCCCAGCCUGACAAUUUUUUGUAGUUUUUUCAUAAAAAUGACCCAAACGGACCUAGUGGUGUUAUUUGGAGUCACUGAGAACACCACGGUUUGUGCAUAGAACUAAGAAAGGUUGGGGCUUUCAUACCUUUUGAUGCUGAGAAAAUGCAAAUAGAGCUUUGAAAGGGUUUUGUGCCUCUCUGUAGUGUCUCUUUAACGCUGCGAGGACAACCGAGUUCUGCUGCUAGCCGUGGCCUAUAAGCUGCCGAGUUAGGCAGCAUUGUUUUGUUCUUAAUGCCAACAUGCACAUAUUUUAGCUUGCAUGUAGAGCUAUGCCUGUGACGUGCAUGUGCUGCUGUCCAUUUGCACACUGACAUACUCUAAGAGCUGUUUGCUCUGCGUACUUUUCACGUGUCUUUGUGAGUGCAAGUGCUUAGGUGAUUUGCCAGUGAUCUGAAAACGUGUUAAUUCCUCAUGUUGGUUGUGCCUGUGACGCCUCUAAUGAUGGUCAUGUAAAAGUGAAUGGUGGCGGUGGUGAGAUGUUUUCUUUAUUUCACAGUACAUUGCAAUAUAUUGAAGCGUAAAACAAUCCACAUCGCCUUUCUGGCUAUUUUUCCCCCUCUCUCUGCUUGUCCUUCUGUUUAGAGACAGUGCUCUUACGGUUGGUGUAUCCUGAAAGGAAAUUUUGAAUGAUGGGAGCUAUAUUGACGGUUAUUUUGUAACAUCUUAUGCUUGGUAUGAUCAGUGUACAUUUGUAUUGUUCACAGCUACUCCACUUUGUAUAGAGCUGGCAUCUCCUGUGUACUAAUUCUUGAGUGUUCUUUUACCAGGGUAUAUAUAUAUAUGUGUGUCUGUGUGUAUUUCUUGUAUUUAUUAGUCCAUUGUCUUGAGUUGAAAUGGUACUGGCUUUAAAGAGCCUGCUACUGCGUUUACCUCGAAAACUGGAUACAUUCCUUACUUCAACGUACAGUCCUGCUUGUUUCCUGCAAACAUAUCAAGAAGCGACCGAAUGAGAACUUUGACAGUGAGGAUAGACCCGGGGGCAGGAAAGAAUUGAAAGAAAGGUGCAUGCAAAGUUUAUCCAGAAGUCUAGCUGUGUUUAUUUUCCCUCUUUGUUUUGCCUAUGCUAAAUUUCAAAGCAGCAUUGUACUAAGUGCAAAUGAUGGGAAUAAAGUGGCAAAGCAACUCGA